UCCCCGCACCGAGCACCAUGCACGGAUCCGUGCGCGGGUUCGUCCUCCUCCUCCUGUGAGCGAGCUGGUCUGGAUGUUUCCUCCCCGCGCGGCUUGAGGGAGAGGAUGCGUCUCCUGCUCUUUGCGACUUUCCUCGCAGCGCUCGUGGACGCAGGAGAUGCUCUUCAGAUCCAGUGUUUCCAGUGUGAGGAGAUGAAGCACAACGACUGCUCCACACCAGAGUUCAUCGUCAACUGCACCGUCAACGUGCAGGACAUGUGCCAGAAGGAGGUUCUGGUCAAACCCGACGGAAUUCACUACAGGAAGUCGUGUGCCUCGUCGGGGGCGUGCCUCAUCGCCUCCUCCGGCUACCAGCAGUUCUGCACCGGGAGGUUGAACUCCGUCUGCAUCUCCUGCUGCAACACGCCGCUCUGCAACGGGCCCAAGAGGAAGCGCCCCGUCCCCUCGGCGGCGGCACAACCCCAGAGGAGCCGUCGCCUCCUCCUGACCGUUCUCCUGCUGCCACUGACCCUCCUCCCGCUGACGUAGACGCUCCCACCACACGUCCACUCUACACUCCCUCAUAUUCACUUCAAUUAGUUUCUAUCUGUCGCUCUUGCUUUUCCUCCAAAUAUGGUCACUUCUGGUCCUAAAAACCAAGAUGGCGCCGAACACAACGUCAAACUGAGGCUUCAGAGUGAGCCACGUCCCGGUUCACGCUGGAGGCUGCGGUCGCUGCUGCUGCUGCUGCGAGGGAGCAGAACAAGCUGAGGUGACAUCACGACCACGGAACGACUCUGCAGAGCUGCAGCUGCUGCGUGAGCGUCAGGGAGCGACUCUUCACUCCUCUGCUGUCUGUGAAGACGCUGAUCUGAAACAAGCUGUAAAAGGUCGACGCUACUGUGGAAAAGAAGCUUUUACUUAAUAUAACAGAAGUGAUCUUACAAAGCUAAACUUAUAUUCUUCAUAUUUUACAGUGAUGGAGACUCUUUGAUUCUGAUAAACAAGGUUCCUGAGCUUAUUUCUGCAUAUUUUCCACUGCCACACAGUACUGAUUGAAGUUUUACUACAGGGGAUAUGAAGUUAUACUGCGUUUGAGUUGAUUCUUCCAUACGAACAGUUUGUUAGCGACACUAAACUGUUACUCUGUGAAAUGAGAUAUUAAACUGUCAUAGAGCGAAACAUGUAAAGUCAAUUAUAACAAAAUGUGUCAGAAGCUAAAGCACAAAAUCAUCUCUUCAGGGUGAAAUCAGAAGUUUGUAUUUAUUUAGAAUUAAAGAGAAUAAAAUGUUAACGUCCAGAUCAUAGCCACUGAUGCAUGAAGCCCCUGCUGAGUAAUAUAAAAACAUAUGGAUCAUAUUUCCAUAUUUUCAGCAUUUUAGGAAAUGUACACAUUUAAAUUCCCUCUCGAUGAUUUCAAUGCUUUGCCUUAUUUUUUGAAUCUGUACAGUAACAAUAUGAACAUGUGUUGAAUUUGCUGUGGAGAUGAACUCGCUCUCCUGUAACUGCACCGAGGCUCCAUCUUGUUUUGAUAUGAUGUGAGAUGAUGAAUGUUGGUCUUCUGUGAAGAGUUUCACUGUCCCGCUGCCGUGUGAUGUAAAUAAAUGUUGCAGAAAAACUCA